ACGGGCUGAUUCCGACAUACAUGGUGUGCCUGCACCCCUGCAAGCAGGAUAGGCAGGUUCGAUGUGCGUUAACAAAUGUAUUUCCUGUACAAUUUGAUUUUGUCGCCUGAUGUGCAGUCUGCUGGUCUUGUCUGGUAGGCCAAGUAGCCAGUAGCACACUGACUGAACUGACUCCAAGAGCUAGAAAAAUUUCGACUUGGAGUAGCUAGUCUCAUCAGUUUUGGUCCCUCCUUUGCUUCCAAAGUUGCAAGUUUAAAAGCGCGCUCCUUCGGCGGUGGGCACACACAGACAAGGAGAAGUAGAGGAGAAUCAUCAUCGCCAGCACCUCGCCACCAACCAAACCCAGAGCUCCCAAAGUGAUCGACAUCCAUCCAUGGCGUCUAUGCUUCUCAAGGGCGUGCACAAGAGGCUGGGCCUGCCGACCAUCAACAUCUCCUGCUCCUCCGCCGACGCCACCUCCGUCGUCGCCAGCACCGGCCCUGGCAGCGGCAGCAGCAGCCGGUUCAUCGACCGCCACUCCCCGCGCCUCCGCGACCCCCACCGCACCUCGACCUCCGCCUCCACCAAGCCGCCAAGGCCGAGGUUCGACAGCGACAACGCCAGAGACUCCUUAGCCUCUUCCCCGAACUCCAACCUGCAACAAGGGCACGGCAGCAAGAAGAAGAAAAAGAGCAGUACUGGCCAAGCUGCUGCUAGUGCUAAUGGCCCAAGGUCUUCGGAGAAGAGGCUGGUCAGCCCCGCGACGUCCUCCAGGUUUCUCCUCAACUCCUCUAGGAUGCAGUCCGACGACCUCGGCGUCGACAUGCUCGCUCUCCCUCCGCCUCCGCCGCCACCGUCCUUUAUCGACGUGUUCCCCGGUAAGGACGCGACCUUACCGGCCUGGCCCGUGCACUUCGCCGAGGACAAAGACAAAUCAUCGGUAGUGCAAGUAGCAGAGACUAGUUCGUCAGGGUCUUCCUCUGCUUCGUCUUCGUCAGAGAUCACAACUGCGCCGGUGGACAAAGAUGGCCAAGACCAGGAAGAGGUGAUGAAGAGGUCGUCCUCCACGAGAAGAACACAGGCAGGACAGGUGGUGGUGGUUCUGCGGGUGUCGCUGCACUGCAAGGGCUGCGCGGGCAAGGUGAAGAAGCACAUCGCCAAGAUGGAAGGGGUCACCUCCUUCGACAUCGACAUCGCCAGCAAGAAGGUCACGGUGGUCGGCGCCGUCACGCCGCUCGGCGUCCUCAACAGCGUCUCCAAGGUCAAGCCCGCGCAGUUCUGGCCCUCGCCGCCGCGAACAACAUGUCCACCGCGCGCAUCCGCAUCCUUCUGAAGAAUCUCCAUGGUCGAUCGAUCUGGAUCAGAGAUAUAAUUUAGUGUUAGUUCAGGCGAUUUUAGUUAGUGCCAGUGCCUCGAAGAUUGCUGCUUGCCUGACAGCCACGUACGUACUGUAAUCUGCAGCAGCUCUCUGGAGUAUCUUUCUUUCUUUUUUCAUUGAAAGAAACGUAACUGCAGCUUUGUGUUGUGUUGUGCACCCAUUUCCCAAGCCUGUGUUCUGACUGAAAUCAAAUCCUGUAGUACUUUGUCUUAUCGCCUGUUC